UUAAACAGAGCUGCUGUUUGCAUCACAUCUGAGCACAGAUACAGUAAGUUUGGUUUCAGACUCAUGAACUCCACCAACCUCACAGCAUCAUGAAGAUCUUCCUGCUGAUUCUCCUGCUGGUGUCUGCUUUGUCAGAUAUUUUGUGCCAGAACGUCAGUCCUGAUGAGGGUAACUGGAUGAGUGCCAGGUAUCCAGACCAGGUAAAUUUGCUAAAAUAUGACCUAAAGUCGAUGUUGGAAGGGGUGAGCCGAACACCUGGUCUACAACAGGUUUUUGGUCUAAUGGGGAAAAGAUCAUCUGCAAAAUCACAGAUAACACGAAGGCGGCAGAAAUUCCAGACUUUUGUGGGUCUAAUGGGAAAACGUAAUGUGGUUGAACCAGGAUCCUUCUAGGAAAAAGGCUGAAACUGAUAAUGCCAGGUUCUGAAAUAACCCAAGAAAUAAAUAAAUAAAAAGGUAAAUGAUAUUUGGGACAUUGCAUUUGUCUUAUAUACAGGAUAUUACCACCUCCAUGCUUUACUGAAGGAAUGCAUGUUUGUGAUUUAUCUGUCACUUGGAUGUUAAAUACAGCUGGAUCAAGCAAAAACUGUCCU